AUGGAUGAUAGAAACAUGUACAAGGCAGAUGGAGUCAUUCGAAUAGAUAUCCUUUUCCUCGAGACCUCACAUCAUUUUGUAUCCACUGAUCAGCGAAAAUCCAAAAUUGAUCAUCAUAAAGGCUUGUUUGGCGCUUUGGCCAUGUUAAAGACAAAUAUUGGCGACAAGUUAGAAGCAAUUCCUAGACUUUCACCACUGUUGAAGGAAACUUCUAGAUUGAUAAUGGAGUUGAAAAAGGAACACGAUUCCACUUUAAUGAAAAAUAUGUUCAAGUCAUCUAGUUGUCUUAGCUCACUCUCCUUAAUAGUAAAUCCUUCAAUACUUCAUUUAACAGAAGAAGAAGAUAAAAUAGGCAUGGCUCAUCUUGGACCUUUGUUCUUUCCAAAACAAUAA